AUGGCCAGGACAAUCAUAAAGGAAUGCACUCCUAGGGGCACAGCUCAGUUGGUGGAACGGAAGCCUAAGAAAACCACCCGAGGUCUCAAACCCAGACUUGGAUGUCCAUUUCGAGCAUGGGGGGCAAGGGCCCAUUCCAUUCCCAAAUAUGAGGAGGCAGAGGAAGAAAACAAAGGCAAGUCUGUUCCCACAUCUCCAUCCCCAUCAACUGGUUUCAAGCUGAUGCCAUCAUCCCAGGGUCCAAACAACUACCUCAGGGAGUGGAAACAAAGGACCGAGGAUUAUCUGGAUAUGUUCAUGGCAAGAAAGGCUCCUCAUUCAGACAGGCAUGUCCGACUGCCGUUUCAUAAGAUUAGUCGAUGGAAUGGAGACUUCUUCGAGGAGAGCUCAUUGACGAGAUUGGGCAUGGAGUACCACCUCGGCCACAGCGGACUCCCAUGCCCGAUGAAUGCUGGAGGACCUGAAGAGAUCCGUCGGGAGGAAAAGGAUGUCUUUGACAACAAUUCGGUGGAUAUGCCAGUAGUCGAGGAAUUUACUGAUGAUGAGGACGCCUCUCCCAUCGACGGUACGUCAGGACACAAGGGAAUGCCCGUCGUCGGGUGCAUCGUGCGGGUAACAGUGGUUGACAUCACAGGCAUACAUUAUCUCAUAAUCUGUUUCUGCCAAUGCACCGAUGCUCCUGAUGCGGAGAAACAGUUGUUUCAAAUGGGUUUGUUCCCGGCCUCUUUCACCUGGCCUAGGACCACAUUCACAUUUGCCUUGCUGGAUGAUUUUGCACUUGACAAUGUAGAGUCCGGCACUUCUGCCAUGAACUAUUACAAUAAAUUGCGGCGGAGAACGUCAAGCAUAUUCCCUCACCUAGUACCGGAUAGAUACAGGGAAUUGAUGAGAGUGGCAAGGCAAUGGUGGCAGCUGAAGCUUCUCAGAUGGAAUGGUUUUGCUCACAGCACAACACAUCCUAAACCAGGCGAGUUGGGUCUCUUCUGCCCGACAUGCCCACAACCCGGGAUCAAUGUCAUGCUGCCAACAGAAUACAAUGAAAGGAAGCCGAGAUGGCUGUACGGCCACUCAUUGGUCAUGGACGGAAAUUUCAAAGCCGAGCAUCUCCACCUGACAAAUCCAGAUGAUGAAGUAUGGCUCAUGGACGGCCUCGGGUUCAUGGUCGGUAGAAAACGGUACAAGGCUCACUUGGCCGUAGCAACAGAUUCAAUGCAAAGGUCCGAGUGCAACAACCACCGGGCGGUAAAUCAGGCCAAUGCAUCUCGGCACAAACUAGAAGCUACAGGCAUCGGUGGAUAUUUUCAAAAGGGCGAGAGGCAAAUGAACAUGGACUACGCGCUUUGCAAUGCUCUUGGGUACAACACUGAAGGAUUGGAAACUGCUUUGACAUUUUACGACGUGAAUUGCCAGUACAACAAAUAUCUAUUGCGUCGGGUCGAGGAGAGCCCGUAUCUGGCAAUCCCAUUUGGAAUGGAGAUCAUCCUGGGAAUAGGUCUUUGGCAUGUGCACGGUCACCAGGACCAGUGCUACGUGAGAUACGCUUCGAAUUUUAUUAUGGGAGCAGCAAGAAUCGAUGGGGAGAUCAUGGAGACGCUGUGGGCACCUCUCAACAUCAUAUCUCCAUCCUGCCGAGGGAUGUCCACUCCUCAUUGGCAGGAAUGUCUUGACUACCAGAUGAACGACUGCAAUUUCAUGAAGAUGAUCAGAAUGAGCAUAUUUCUUUGUCGGAAAUACAAAGAAGCCAAGCGAGGUGCUGCCGAGAGCAGCGAAGCCUUCAACAAAUUGAAUGAGACCGCGGAUCCUGACAUGGUGACAGAAUGGCAUGAGCAAGAAACAGCUGCUAAUGCAUCUCGGGCAGAAGACCCAUUGUCCAUGGAUAUAUAUGAGGUUCAGUUGGAAAAAGCGCCGAGUCGGAAACAAGUGGAGCUCGAUAUCCUCCAAUCUCAAGGGCUUCGACCCGAAGCUCAUCGCAGGCUUGGCGCUGCCACCUGGAUAGCAUCUGGCAUCACCAUUGAGGAGUCACAGAUAGCUUUGGCCAUGGACAUACAAAAGCUCGGCAGACAUCCUACCGAGACUCAGGAACUGUCUAUCGCCUAUUUUGAUGCGGAUGAAGAUGUGCUGGACAUGAAUUUAGCAUUUGUUGACGAUGAUACAGAUGCUCCUGAAGACGAUUGGGAGGAACUUGACAUAGAGCCCUCGGAAUAUCGUCCCGCAGAAGUCUUUUGCCCCGAGAUUACUGUCAUUCCUCUUCCAUCAAACAUUGGCUUGGCAUGGCGCAAUGAACUGUCGGUGACAGACCUCGUUGCACAGGAGAUUACCCUGAGAGAAGGACAGGCCAACGAUCUUUUGCACCUACUCCGGGUUCAUCUCGCAGAUAAAGCUGUUCUCUUUCGCACCACAGUCCGUCCAGCCAAAUUGCAGGCCCGGUCAACCAGGGCCUGGGCGCAAGUGCAUUCAGUAGAGCAGGUGAUCAGGCUCAACAGCCACAUAUAUAUCAAAUGUCGGCAGCAGCUAGUCAAAUUAGAGGCCUUCGGCCUAUUGGAAAAAUAUCGGCAGUUGGAUAAGAAAGACUUGAAGACCAGUGCAAGGGUAGCUGACCCUAAUUCUCGGGGGCAAAGAAACUCUACUCUUUCAUGGUUUUGGUCAUUCGAGGUGCAGGCUGAUUCCACCAGCAGCGAUUGGAUGACCGAAUGCAAGGUGCAUUGGCUCUGCACGAAAUCGUUGCGCGACCAUUGGGCCGAGGAGUUAUUAUUAGUGGAGCAUGAAAUGCGAUGGACCAUUGAUUUUUUCAUAUUCAAAAGCCGAGCAUGGUUGGCCAGAGCUGAAGCAGAUGCAGGCAACAGAGAUUGGGAUGGGCAUAAAUGCUAUGCAGUUAGACAGGCGCAGGUGUAUCAGGAGCUGGCUGAUGCGGCUGAUACCAGCUUCUCCAAAGUCAACCCAGAAUUCAAAUGGAAUCACUGA